UACUCAUGCUUGGAGUAAUCAAAGUUAAAUAUAGCAGUAAAAGAUAAUAUAUCAUUUAACACAAUGUCUCUAUUCAGCAAAGACGAAGUGACAAUUAUCGCGGAGAAAUGUGGUUUUAAAAAUUAUGAUACUUUACAAUAUGAGAUACAAAAUUAUUCUGAAGAAUUAGUUGGAUAUUUGGGAGAGCAUUUACGUUUAUUUCUUAAAGAUAAUUCAUAUGAAAAAGUCUUGUUCGUGAAGUGUGUACCGAGAUUUGACGAAUAUAAAGCGGAGUAUUUGAGAAAAACUGGCUUCUUUAGGAAGGAGUAUGUACUAUUGAGUUCCUUGUUUACUCAGUUUAUUAAACGUAAAGGUUGCAGUAAAUGGCGGCCAGAAGUUAUUUACCUAAAAGACGAAGUAUUUGUAUUUGAAGACGUCACUAAAAUUGGCUAUACUUUAUCCGACAGUCGCAAACCCUUCUCGUACGAAGAAGUAGUCGCGACCGUUAAAGCUGUAGCAAAAUUUCACGCUGAUUCCCUUAUAUACGAAUACAACAAAACACAACAAUUAAAAAGACCUUAUUACAUAUGGGAGGAUUAUAAGGAAUAUUUGUUUGAGCCCCUUAAAGCACAGCCAUGGCGAGACGCAGGCUGCAAGGGUGUUAUAGACAUCCUAAGAACUUAUUCUGCAUAUAAAGAUAAACCAAACUUUCAAUCUGUUGCAAAUGUUGUAAACGACUUAUUCAACCGAGCGACGAAAUCUAUGCAUCCAAGCCGCAAACACAGAAACGUUGUUGUUCAUAGAGACGUUUGGUCCAAUAAUGUCUUCUUUAAAGAAAUGGAGGAUGGUUCAACACACGCACUGUUAGUGGAUUUUCAAACAGCGUUAUAUACAAUUCCAACCCAUGAUCUAGCAACACUGUUGUUUUUGAAUACAACAAAGGAAUUUCGUAGUGUCUUCACUAAUAAAAUGAUAGACAUCUAUUAUAUGUGUCUCAGCGAUAUAUUGAACGAUGCUGGGGUUAAUAUACUGGAUUGUUUUGAUAAAAAAACAUUAUCGAAGGCGUAUGAAGAUAGUGUUGUGUUUGGAAUCACACAAGCGGCAUUGGUAUUGCCCAUAGCAAAUAUGCCAGAGUACAUUAAAGACAAAUAUUGCCGAAGUGGUAAUGAGGAAUUUGACGCGAUAUCUAGGAGCCAUUGUUUCAUAGAAUCAUUGGAAUCCGAUGAACAAUAUCGCGAAACCAUUUUAGAGCUCUUUGAUGAUAUAGUAGAAAGAUUUGUUUUACCGUCUUUAAACAGUUAUAAAUAA